CAUAAUACAAACGUAUAUUAUUUGAUGCAUUGUUUUCAUUAUAAUUAUAUUUAUUUUUUGAUAAUAAGUUUAAACGUGGUGAGCAUUUUCUUUACAAAACUGUUGUUGAAUUUAAAAAAAAUUGAAUUGCACAACUCUGAUUAUUAAGGCACUUAACAUAACCUUUAUGCCUGUAGUGAACUGUUAAAUUUAUGAUAAGUAUAUAAAGUUAAAUGAAUUACAGUUUUUAUUAAGAAAAUGUUAUAAUACUAAACGAUUCUUUCUUAAUGUGUCAUUGCUAUGGAUGAUGACUGUAAAGAUUAUAAAAAAGUGAAACGUCAACAAAAACUUUAUAAACCAGGUAGUGGACCUCUAAGACGAUCUAGGUAUGGUUUGGAUGCUAAAAUGGAUUCCUAUGAUUUAGAUAAUAGUCCGAAAGGACGAGAUGCUCAUUACGGAUCUCAGCACUCAGUAAAUGGUGAAGAUGUCAAUGUCACAUGUAGGGAAGCAGCAAACACUCGUCAUAGAAAACCUGAACAACAGCUUUACGUACCAAGGACGGGAGAUUCGUACUCAGAUAUUGACAAGCAAUCUAAAGCAUCUAUAAAAUGUGAUAAUACUAGUCAAUAUAAUAAGAGACGAUCAUCAGGAAAACAAGAUAAUCAUACUUCUAUUGGUGAUACAGGGCCUUAUUCUAAAGAUUCUUCUCAAAGAGAUUGUCAGUAUAGAGAUAAUGAUGUUAAUUAUAAUAGGCAUUACAGGCAAGGCUCAGAAGCUAGAUCGGUAUCACCAAGUCAAAGUUUAUACGACCAAAAAUCAUUAGACAGAAAUAGAGACAGUAGAAGUAUGGAGACAUGGGCAGGACGCCAUAAAUCUAGGUCUGGUGGCAAACCUCCAUCUGGAAGAAGAAAUUCAGCUGGUUUUCCCUCUGACUCUCGACCUAAGCACAUCAACUUAGACAAUAUACCACCUCGUUUUAGGAAAAAAUAUUUAGAACAAUCAGGACAUCAAAGUUUUGAUAGUGUAGAUCAAUUGAAUAAAGAUCGUUACAGCAAUAAUGAUAUGACACAGUCAUCUUACAAUUCUGGCCCAUUUUAUAGCUCUAGUAAUACAAACUGGUCUCAGACCUUACCUUCCCGAGGAAGAGGCCGUUUAAGAGAAAAUGAAAACUUUGAUAGGGAGAAAUUUAUUAAUUCAUAUUUAAAAAAUUAUGAAGUACAGAACUCCAGAAGAUCUACACCAAGUAAUUCAUACAUGAAUUUGUAUGAACCAAAUGCACUGGAAAAAAGUGGUUAUGACAAAUCAGAUUCACUAAGCAGUGAUUAUGAAAAUAAAAAAAAUGAUAGAGGUUCAAAAAAUGGUAUAAGUAGAAAUGAGACAAGAUUUAAUCAUACAGAACAAGAUAGUAGAGAGGUAGAUAGUAGUGAAAACCAUAAUGAUAGUGAAUCUAUUUCCCAAAUAUCUACAAAUCUAUCAGAAAUGACUAAUUUGGAUUGGACAGAAGAAGUGGAAAAGAAUAUUAAACUUGACGACUUGUGUGACCCUUCUGCUUCAUUUUCCCAAAGUACAAAACCUUCCAAUAUUCAAGAAAACAAAACUAUUGAGCAACGUGACUCAAGAAGAAACGGAAGAUCUCGUCGUAGAGACAAAAGGAGCUCUAGUCGAGGGAAUCGCAAUCCUGAAAAGAAAGAAAGAAAUAGAAAGGACAGCAAUGUUAGCAUACAGUAUGAGCCAGAGAGAAAUAGGAAGGACAGUAAUGUUAGUAUACACCAUGAGGCGAUAUCAUAUGGGCUAAAACAACGAGAAAGAGAAAGACGUGACAGUCACCGAAGUAAUCGUUCAUCUACCAUUGGGAACAGUAGAGAUGACUUAGAUCGAUGGAGGUCGCUGCGAUCUUACAGCAGGGAACAGAGCUCCGAAAGAAUGAUAGUGUCACAAUGCAACAGCAGAGACACAUCAACUCAUAGAGCUGCAAGUCCUAAAGAAAUUGAUGGGUUUAGGGUUCCAUCCUCAGCCAGUAAAUCUGGUACCUGGGUUUUAGCAAAUCAGAAAAAAAAUAACUCGUCAUGGAAUGGCGGGCGUGGGGCCAGUACGGAAAGAAAACACUCACCAACGCCAAGUGCGGUGAGCGAGGCGGGCGAGGGCGCAGGCGGCGGGGCGGGAGGCGGCGCGGGCGGCGGGCGGCGUUCGCGCAAGCGCACGGGCCGGCGCCGGCGCAACGCGGAGAACGUGCAGCCGCCCGCGCCGCACCCGCCCGGCGCGCAACCCGCGCCCACCAACGUCAACUGGCGAGAGGAGAUCAUCGAGUCCAAAAAGCACCACCCAGGCGAUAGACAAUCUGAAAGUACUAACCAGAGAAACAGAUUAAAUAGUGUUCUUUCGGAAAAAUCUACGUCAGAAUCGACUUCUCAUCCCGGCUUGAUCAUCUUACCACAAAGUUCUAUUACUCAUAUGCAAAAAGAUCAAGGACGUGGUUCUUCAGAAACUCAAAAAACUUUAUUCGACCAUCAUAACCCAUCUAAACCAAUAAUAGUACAAACAAGUCCGACGAAACACGACGUUCGACUAGAACGUGAAGGCUCAUCCUCGCUGUUGGGCACAGGUGCGCGCGAGGCGGGCGCGCGCGGCUACGAGGCGGGCGACGCGCUGCGCGGCGCGCGCCACGUGGCGCUGCUGCAGAAGGUGGACCGCGCCGACGCCGUGCUCAAGAUGCACACGCUGCGGGGCCCGCUCGCGCUGUGCCGCGACUGGCCCGACGUGGCCGAGACCAGGAAGUUUCUACAAGGUGCUCUGGAAAGGUUGUUGACAUCCGAUUUAAAAUAUUGUCAAGCUGAUAAUAUUGAACACCAGUUUUGGAAAAUUCUAUACUAUAACUUUAUAGAAAAUUUAAGGAAAAGUAUUUCUACAAUAACUCCCGAAGAGAAGCCCGAAGUAGUGAAAUUGAUAAAUACUAUUAUCGAGGAGGGAAACGUUUUCUUCGAGAAUCUAGUACAAACUUUGGAGAAGACUUAUAAAUUCAAUACCGAAGAUUACAUAAACGACAAUCACGUUUUGCCGCCUAAAGGUCUCGGCUACGUCGGCUUAGCUUUAAUUUCAGUUCAAAAGCUAUAUGUAUUUCUUGGUGACUUAGCUAGAUAUAAAGAGCAAGUGAAUGAAACGAAUAAUUACGCGAAAAGUAAAUUUUGGUACACCAAAGCACAGCUAAUAAAUCCGAAAAAUGGUAGACCAUACAAUCAGUUAGCUAUUUUAGCAAUAUAUGCCAGGAGAAAACUUGAUGCAGUGUAUUAUUAUAUGCGAAGUUUAAUGUCCUCGAAUCCAUUUCAAUCAGCUCGUGAAAGUCUAUUGUCGUUGUUCGAAGAAAAUAGAAAAAAGUACGAGGCGGCGGAGCGCAAGCGGCAGGCGGCCGUGGAGUCGUCGAAGGGCGAGAGCGCAUGCGCGGGGCUGCGGCGCGAGGUGUGGGUGCGCGCGGGCGGCCAGCGCACCACCACGCUGCGCCCCGCCGACGACGCGCUCGCCUCCAUGACGCCGGUCGAGUUAAAUAAAAAUUUCAUCACAAGUUAUUUACAUGUUCACGGGAAACUGAUAACAAAAAUUGACAUGGAGUCGUUCCACGCGAGCGCGGCGCAGAUGCUGCGGCAGUUCCGCGCGCUGCUGCACCGCCAGCCGCUGCCCACGCCCGCCGCGCGCCUGCUGCAGCUCACUGCGCUUAACAUGUUCGCCGUCGAGACCACCGCCGCCUCACUUAAAGGAAAAGAAAAUGGCGGCGAAAGAACAGCGUGGCUUGAAUGCGCUUUGGGGGUGUCGCUACUUAUGUUCGGCGCGCUGCUGGAGCGCUGCUGCGCGUUGUUACCGGAACCAGCGCACACGCAGCAACAUGCGGAUGCACUAUUAUUAUUACCUGCUAUAAAGGUGUGGUCAGAUUGGAUGUUAUGUCACAGUAGCAUAUGGAAUCCGCCACCAUCUUUGGAUAGUUUCGAAAUAGAAAACGACAGUGAUCCUUGGGAUUGGCUCGCGAAGCUAAUGAAUAUACUCGAAGAUCUCGACGACAAAUCGAUUGAAUUCGAAAGCGAAAUGAAAGAAGGGCUGGUGUGCGUGCGGCUGCCGGAGGACGCGUCGCUGGCGGGCUUCACGCCGCUCAUGUACAUGGAGCCGGCGGCCGCGUGGCUGCGGCCCGCGCCCGCCGCCGCGCCGCACAGCGCCGAGCACGCGCUGCGCACCAGGAAGCUGCUGUUCUUCGGCACCGAGUACCUCGUGGGCGUGGAGCCGCCCGUGCUGAAGCUGGAGUACCCGGCGGGCGCGCAGCCGCGGUACGUGAGCGCGGUGCAGCACGCGAAGGUCAACUACGCGCCCUUGCAGCAGCUGACGGAAGAUUCAGGAGACGAUGACAGUGCCAAUGGUAUAACCAGUGGCCCGGCCAGUCUCAGCGAGGAACUGCCGGAAGGUGCAGACGAAACUACACGAAAAUUACUCAGGAGGAAAGAGCAACUCGAAUCUCGAAAAGCCACGCUCGAACAACGCCGACAACGAAUGCAGGAAAUGCUCAGCAGCAGCUGGGUGAGCGUUGAAGUGGAGGUGCGUCCGCGCUGGCUGGUGCCCGACACCAACUGCUUUAUCGACCACCUGCCGCUGCUGCAGGCCGUGGCGGCCGCGCCCGGGCAGCCCUACCAGCUCGCCGUGCCGCUCGUCGUGGUGUCGGAGCUGGAGGGGUUGCGGCGCUGCGCCCGUGUGGGCGGCGCCGCGCGAGACGCGCUGGCGUGGCUGACGGCGGGCGGCGGCGGCGUGCGCCUGGCCACGGCGCGCGGCUCGCUGCUGGCGGCGCGCGGCGUGGCCUUCGCCGCCGAGCACGACCAGGCGCGUGGCACCAACGACGACCGCGUGCUCGCCACCGCGCUCAACCUGCACGCCAACCUCACCGCCGCCCCCGCGCUCGCCGCCGCUGCUGCCGUCUCCGCCGACCCGCCCGCUAACGCCGUCGCCAAUGCCGUCGCCAACUCCGCCACCAACUCCGCCACCAACUCCGCCACCAACUCCGCCACCAACUCCGCCAUCAACUCUGCCACCAACUCUGCCGCCAACGAGGGCGUGGCGGGGCACGUGCGCGAGGUGGUGCUGCUGACGGACGACCGCAACCUGCGCGUGAAGGCGUUGGCGGCCGAGCUUCCGGCGCGCGACUUGCCCUCCUUCGUCCACUGGGCGGGCCUGCAUCCCGAUCGACUUGUUAACACAAAUACUGAAACUGCUACCCCGAGUCCAGACGUUUGACUUUGUAGUUGCCAUCCGAAUACAACGCCUGUGUUUAGUUGAGAUCCCUCAUGAUUUAUUGUGUUUGACGCGAAUUUGUUACGUCACGUAAGUUAGAUUUAGAAACGAAAUGAAUUUUUCGUCGCCAACAAUCGUGUUCUGCAAUCUAAAAGGCGACGCUUUAAAUGUAUCACUUUAGUAUAGGAAUUGAAUAGUAUAAGUAAAAAAUACACCAAUAGAGAGAUAUAAUAAUAAUAAAUUUUGUUAAGAGCUUUAGGAUUCCACCUCCGUGUUCCUGGGCCACAUUUUCAUUGUUAAUUAUAUUUUUGUCUCUUAUUUUUUUAUUUUAAGCUAUUGAUUAAUUCUAGUACAUCAAUAAAUUGGUGUUGCUGAGCUAUUUUUAUUUACUUUUUGUAAUAUAUUAAGUGUAUUUUUAAUAUUUUUAACGUAGUGAUUUCAAUAAAUAAAUUGUAAUUCUUUAAAAUCAAAUGAAAUUGUUUUUCGUCGUUCCCGUCUUUAGUUACUGCUAUUAUACCUUGUUAACAUUAGUAAGAGUUUUAGCUAAACUAAUUCCUCCGCUUACUUGUUGCUCGCUGUUUUAAUAAUAUAAGGCACGUUAAUCUAUCAUAGCCUGUCAUGUUACGAUGAACUUAAUAAUUCAUUUUAUAUAAUUUUAUUCCGAUCUUAUAUGCGUAUUGUGCCAUUUAAAAAUAUGUUUCGCUCAGCAAUUUUUAUUUUUUCUAUAAAUCCAUAUUUAUUUUUAAAAACAUUAAAACGACUGCAGAGUAGAUGAAUUUUAGUAAUAAGAAAUAAACACUGAACAAAGAUAGUCCAUCAUGACUUUAUAUCGCACUAUAAAUAUACAUAUACAAACAUAUACUUUUGUUAAAUGUUUAAAAUAUACACACUUUUACUAUCUGUAAUGAAAUCAUUUUAUUGUAACGUAUUCCAAUGAGAAAUUUAUUAUUAUAUAGUAUAUUCUUCUAUUCGUUUGUUUUGCAUGACGCAGAACAUGUUUUGAUGGUACACUCAACAUAGGGUUUUAUUUUACUAGAUAAUAUGUAAAGUGUUUAUAAUGAAAUGCAGAAUAUAAUGAUUGACUACUAUAUAGAUAAAGAGUAUUAUUGUAACGAAUUCUUUUUCAUUUUUGAAUAAAAUUUGAUGCUGUUA